AUACAACUACAUAUACAUUACUUACCAAAGAUGAGCAGCCCAGUAUUCAAAGAGGAGAGCCACAAGGACAGCCACUACUCACCAGGCUACUACUGGCUUGGAAACAGCACUCACAAGGUUCCACUUGUGAUGCACAAGGAGAACAGGGCAAGACUAGUAAAGACUAUCUUGGAGUCAUCAGAUCAAAAGAGUAUUCCAGAAAACUCUUUUAUCUUGUUUCAAGGUGGAAAGGCCGAUACUCAAUAUGAUACAGACCAUGAGCCAAUGUUCAAGCAGGAGAAGUACUUCUUCUGGGCAUUCGGAAGUGAUAUGCCAGAUUGUUAUGGAGUUGUCUCACUAAACAAUGCUGAUCAGCCAGAGUCCACAUUGUUUGUUCCCAAGUUCCCACCAGAGUAUGCCAUGUGGAUGGGACACAUUCAUGCCAAGGACUAUUACAAGGAGAUCUUCCUGGUGGACCAUGUAGAGUUUGUCGAGGACAUGGCCAAGUAUCUGCGCGAGAAGAAGUGCUCAACCAUCUUCACUGUGGAAGGUCUGAACACUGACAGCCACAAGACCACCACCCCAAUGCACUUCCAUGGCAUCGAGGAGUUCACUGUCAAUACCACCAUGGCCUUCCCCCACGCCACAGAGUGCCGUGUCAUCAAGUCGCCCAAGGAGAUUGAGUGUCUGAGAUACUCAGUAGAGUCAUCUUGCCGCGCACAUCUCGAGGUCAUGAAGAAGAUUCGUCCAGGAAUGAAGGAGUACCAAUGCGAGAGCAUCUUUAUGUACCAUUCAUAUCAUGAUAAUGGUUGCCGUAACAUGGGCUACACCUGCAUCUGCGCUGCCAAUGCCAAUGGAGCUGUACUGCAUUAUGGACACGCCGGAGAGCCCAAUGCCAGCACUAUCCGUGAUGGCUCUAUUUGUCUGUUUGACAUGGGCGCCGAAUAUCAUGGCUACACCGCCGAUGUCACCUGCUCCUACCCAGCCAAUGGCAAGUUCACUGACGACCAGAAGAUUGUAUACAAUGCAGUGUGGGAUGCCCAGCAAGCCGUGCUCAAUGCGGUCAAGCCAGGUGUUGAGUGGAUCGACAUGCACAAGUUGGCCGAGCGUUGCAUUCUGGCCGCCCUUCUCAAGGCCGGUAUCCUGGUCGGAUCCCUAGAGGACCUGAUCGACAACAAGAUGGGACCAGUAUUCUUCCCUCAUGGACUUGGUCACAUGCUUGGCUUGAACACUCAUGAUGUUGGAGGCUACCUCGGCGAUGCCAAGCCCAAGAUCAACUCAUUGCGUACCACUCGUAGUCUCAAGGAGAACAUGUGCAUGACCUCUGAGCCUGGCUGCUACUUCAUUGACCAUCUCUUGGACCAGGCCCUUGCCGAUCCAGUCAAGUCCAAACACAUCAACAAUGAUGUCCUUGCCAGAUUCAGAGGAUUUGGCGGUAUCCGUAUCGAAGAUGACAUUGUCAUCACUGCCACCGGACACGACAACCUCUCCAAGAUGAUUCCGAGGUCCGUGGAGGCAAUCGAGGCAUUCAUGAAGAGAUAA